UCAUGGCUGCCCCCAUAAUCUAGAGAGAAAAAUCUACACCGAUACAAAAGAACCGAAGAAACACCAAUCAGAUAUGAUUAUAGCUCAGCUUCCGAGAUUUCAUCUAUUUCUCUCUCCGUCGCAUUUCAAUCUCUUAAACCACCGGUCUAAGCCACCGGUUUCACUAGCCAGAACCCUCUUCUCGUUCCCGCCCAAAUCCAAUCUCGCCACGGUCGAGCCCAUACCACUCCCCGUCUCCGAUUCGUCCGAUCUGGAGGAAGAUGCUCCCGUGGAGAUACCGCUCGACAAGCUUUUCGUUCCGCCGGACACGGAUAUCUCCCGGGACGACCUAACGGCGAGGAUACUGAAGGGCUCGAACAUAGUGCUCAGCAAGUACGCGAGGGACGCGCAGGUGGCUCAGGCCGACUACGUGAAGAGCAGCGUCCGGACGGAGGAUUGCCCGGCGGAUGGGCUUCCGGAGUUCGCGCUCGUCGGGAGAUCCAACGUUGGGAAAUCUUCGCUCCUCAAUUCGCUGGUGAGGAGGAAACGCCUUGCCUUGACCUCUAAGAAACCUGGAAAGACGCAAUGCAUUAAUCAUUUCCGGAUCAACGACAAUUGGUACUUGGUAGAUUUGCCUGGCUACGGGUAUGCAUCAGCACCGCAUGAACUCAAACAAGACUGGAACAAAUUCACCAAAGACUAUUUCCUCAACCGAUCGACAUUAGUCUCUGUGUUUUUGCUAGUCGAUGCCAGCAUUCCUCCUAAGCAAAUCGAUCUCGAUUACGCUAGCUGGCUUGGUCAAAACCAGGUUCCAAUGACCAUGGUAUUCACGAAAUGUGACAAGAGGAAGAAGAAGAAAAACGGAGGGAAGAGACCAGAGGAGAAUAUAAAGGAGUUCCAAGAUUUGAUACAAGGAUUCUUUGAGACAACACCACCAUGGAUUAUGACCAGCAGUGUGACAAAUCAAGGUCGGGACGAGAUAUUGUUGCAUAUGGCUCAGCUAAGAAACUACUGGCUCAAACACUAAGAACCCAACCACACUUCUUCAUAUCAUCUUUAUUAGAAAGGAGACUUCUGUGUUAAAAGACAGUAGUGUAUCAAUUAUUGAGCAAUGUUUUAUAGUAAUGCAAUUGUAAUAUUUUUGGUUUUCUA